AUGACUCCUGGGACGCAGUUUGAUGCUAAAGCUUAUGAAGCGGGCAUGCUGAGAUGGACAGUGGCCAUACGGAGGUUCCUAUUACGGAGGGUUAAGCACGAAAGUGUCCUCAUCAGCGAUUGGCAGAGGCGUGUAACGUCGCCAUUCCUUGAUGUCUAUUUUCACUACUCGGCUCUUCUCGGGACCACUACAUUCUUUGUCGCGACGAUACCAUUGCUCUUCUUUUUUGGGUAUCCGGAAUCUGGAAGAGGUCUUCUGUUUGUUUUGUGCAUGGGAGGGUAUCUGUCGUCUGUCGUUAAGGAUUUCUUUGCAGUUCCUAGGCCUUAUUCACCACCUGUCAUCCGAAUAGCAGCUGAUAUGCGUCACCUAGAAUAUGGAUUCCCCUCGACGCAUACCGCUAACUGCGUAUCGGCCACUUUAUACCUUUUCGCGUUGAUAUCCCAACAAGAACUUGGCGCUCUUCAAAACUUCGCCUCCAGUUUCCUAUUGCUUGUGUAUUGCUUUAGCGUUAUGGGAGGACGGGUUUAUUGUGGCAUGCAUACCGUGACUGAUUGCUUAGCUGGGUUUGCACUUGGUACUGUCACACACCUCGUUCACGUACGAUAUGGCGGAUGGCUCGAGGCUACUCUAGUUCACGGAGGAUCCGAGGGUGAGAUUGCCGGGGUCUUUGCAUUGAGUCAUCAUCCUUCCACGAUAGACCUUUGCUUGUGCUUUGACGAUGCGAUCGCGUGCCUUUCCGCACUCAUCGGCGCUCUCGUUGGUCGAUGGACCUCAGUCCAAGUCGGGGUGUCGCCAUAUCGACUCCAUCAUACCAGCGUACAUACCCUUACGCCUCGCACCGUCGUCCGGCUCAUGACUUUCAGUAUACUGAAGGUUAUUUUGGGUGUAGGAUGCCUGUUCGUGUGGCGAGUGGUCAUGAAGAUCAUCCUGCCACCAAUCAUCCUAUGGAUUUUUCCGCGGCCAGAUGUAGGCGACUCCAAGGACUUCCUCAGCGGUGGGGGUGGUGGUGGUGGUGGUGGUGGUGGUAGUGGACAAGAUUCCAAGCCCUUUGUGGAUCCCGUUCCUUCUGCGGUCGAUAUCCCAUCACUCCAUCCUUCGGGAUCACUUCUAUCAUCGCCUGACACGCUAAAAGCCUCCUCCCGAUCACAAUCACUCGUACAACCCCAGAAAAUAGCUCCUUUCAAACCACAUGAAGGUGUGUGUGUGCCCCUUUGCCUGGAACACUAA